AAAUGAGAAAAGCUGCAAAAGGAAGAGAACGAGAGAGAACGCGUACUAGCGAGAGAAAUCAAAACAGCUGUCAAAUCAUUCUACAGACGCUUCCGUGGUUUGAGCAAGUUAGCAUCCAGCAGAUCGGUACAGUGUUUACAUAACUGAGGGGAUUUUCGUCAGAAAUUGCCGGUUUUGAGUCGUAAAAUUAGUUAGUUAGUUGUUUAUUUUAGCCCGGUUAAAUUAAAAAAUUACCGAACAAUGAUACUAUUGGAUUUGGUACAGUGUAACUGAGUUUUAUCAGUAUUCCUACGAUAUGUGUUGCUUCUGCUGAAAGACGCGUUUCACGCCCCUUCUGUUAUUAUCUUCAAAGUGUCAACAAUCGAAUCUCUACGGAUGUAUCGUGUGCUAGUGGAUCUCAACCAGCGCAACUAUCACCAUCACCAUCAGCAGCAGCAGCAUCAGCAACGGCAGUCACAAUCUCACUCGCAUAGACCCAAUGCCCUAUCUAAAAUUAGUAUCAGUUGAUUGAAGGCACAUCUUUGCUUUGUUCAGUGCACUCAGCAUCCGAAUCACUUCGCUCACGUCUCAUUCCCAAGGGUGUAGUAGUGGUGGUGGUGGCAUGUGAUUUAUUGUCAUGUCUGAUAGAGCCGACAAUGAGAGCCCGAUGGACCAACGUGAUGACAAACGGUGGUACCACAAGAUCACGGUCGAACCUUCAAUGUUCCUGUACAUGAUGGCGUUUAUGCUAACUUCCGUCGUCGAACAAGUGUUCUUCCUCUACAAGGCCUGUACCGUGAACCAUGGCUAUUCGCACGACAUCUGCAUCAACAUCGAGAGUCAUCAGGAUAUCAAAAAGGAGGUUCAAAUUACGACGUCCACUUUCCACAUGUGGAACAACGUGGCCAUGUAUUUCGUUCCGAUUGUACUGGCACUGUUUUUGGGGGCCUGGUCCGAUCGACGGGGCCGCAAGCUUCCGCUGAUUCUGGGUCUCACGGGAAAGUUGAUCUAUUCCGUGAUGAUCGUGGUGAACACUCGAAUGGACAACUGGCCGGUCGAAUACAUCAUCUAUACGGCCACCAUUCCCAGUGUACUGACGGGAGCGGAUAUAGCGAUUUUCGCUUCCUGUUUCGCGUACAUAUCCGAUGUAACGUCCGUGGCAGAUCGCACCAUUCGGAUCUUGAUUCUGGAUGGCACCUACUUGAGCACGAUGCCGAUCGGAGUCGCGAUUGGACGGCUUAUCUACAACCGCACCGCAAAAUCAUUCACCAUCAUGUUUGCGAUCAACGCAUCGCUUCUGCUUCUGUCGAUCUUAUAUUCGGCCAUUCGUCUCAAAUCCCGAACUACGGAGCGGCAAGUGUCGAUUCGGGAGCUACCUUGGUACCGAAUGCCAGCGGACUUUUUCGAUCGCGCACACGUCGUUCGAUCGAUGGAAACCUUUUUCAAACAACGCACCCUAAAUCGACGCACUUUCCUGUACGUUCUGAUGAUCGCCAUGUCCUUCUACACAUUCCAGCGUGACGAGAAACCAAAAAUGUACCUUUACACGCAGCUCAAGUUCGACUGGGACGCGGAUCAGUACAGUAACUUCAAGACGUACCAAUCGGCGGCCUACGUGGUGAUGAUGUUUCUUGGUGUGCCCUUACUUACCAAGGUUCUCGAGAUGCGAGAUACGAUCAUCAUCAUGAUCGGAGCGAUGGCACAUGCCGCUGCCCGGUUUGUUUACAUUUUUGCCGAUGUCAGCUGGUUGCUGUACGUGGGCGCAACCGUGUCCAGCCUGGGACCGAUAGUGGCUCCGGUGUUGCGGUCGAUGAUCUCCAAGAUGGUGGACGCCUCGGAACGAGGAAUCAUUUUCUCAUUUUUGUCCGUCUUUGAUAACGCUGUGCCGUUGGUUAGUGGAGUUUUGUACACCCAAGUGUACAACGCAUCGAUCAACAGUUAUCCACAGGCAUUCUUCUGGCUGACGAUGGCAACGCAGCUGGUGGUGUUUGUACUGACGCUUGGAGUCCACGUAUCACUUCGAGGGUUAACAUUCGAAGCAGCCACCAGAAAAGGACUGAUUGAAAGCGAAGAUCAGCCAGCAAGUAACGGAGCUCAGCCGGCCGAUAAAGAUCCCGAACAGCGGAAUCAACAGUCAUAAUCGAAUAAUCCCCAAAUCCAAACGCCACUUCCAAAUAGCUCAACACCGAUUUCAAAGACAAAAGACUUAGCAUUACCAAUUGAAAGCAAUUUUAGAUAGCUGUUAGAUGAUUAGAUGAUGAAACGAAUUUUAUUAAGGAAAAAUAAAAUCGAUUUUGAAAUGUUA